AUGAAACGAAGAGAGCGGAGCUGGAUGUAUGAUAGUAUGGAUGGGCGUUCUAUUAAGCUUGAGUUCUUGAAAGGGGUAGAGGAAUUCGUGCGCUUUUCCGAAGAUCAUCGUGAGACUGCAAAGAAUGAAUAUAGGUGUCCUUGUGUUAAAUGCAAUAACAGACGUUUUCAAGAUCUGGACACAGUAAGAAUUCAUUUGUACAGCAAGGGAUUCACUCCUCGUUAUUGGGAGUGGAUUUGUCAAGGGGAAAGGCUACCUGAAUCCUCGGUAGAAGGCCAGUCAAACGAAUAUCGUGAUAUGGUUAUGGAUGCUGUUGGUCAUAAUUAUGAUCGAUCGGGUACUGAAGCUGCAGAGGAGGAGCCUAACGCUGAAGCAAAGCGUUUUCUUGAUUUGUUGAAGGCGUCUGAACAUCCAUUGUAUGAAGGGAGUUCGAUGUCAGUUUUGGAGGUGGCGGCAAGAAUUACUAGCUUAAACUGUGAGUACAAUUUGCCGCACAGGUGUGUCGAUGGGUUCGUUUCAUUGUUGACAGAAGUGAUCCCUGGUAGCAGCCGUUUGGGUGACACAUUCUACGAUGUUAAGAAGGUUGUUAAGGGGUUGGAGCUGCCGCAUGAAAAGAUUCAUGCAUGCCCCAAGGGUUGUAUGUUGUUUUGGAAAGAGGAUUCUGAACUUCCUACGUGUAGAGUGUGUGGCAGUGAUCGAUAUAACAAAACUUUUAAAGGCAGCUUGGUUCCGAAGAAUGCGCUAUUUUAUUUCCCGAUCACACCUAGGUUGCAAAGAAUGUUUGCAACGAAGAACCUUUCAGAGGAAAUGAGCUGGCAUGCAAAUAAUCCUCGUGUCAAAGGCACGAUGGCACACCCUAGUGUCACUGAAGCUUGGAGACAGCUUGAUACCUGCUUCCCAGAGUUUGCCUCGGAUCCACGGAAUGUUCGACUAGGGUUGUGUACAGAUGGUUUUGCUCCUCAUGUCCCUGGCCCCAAAAACCCGAAGGGGAAUUUAGAUGUGUACAUGCAACCACUGAUACUGGAGCCGAAACAGUUGUGGGAAGUUGGCGCAAGUACUUAUGAUAUAUCAAUGAAACAAAACUUCAACCUUAGAGCAGCCAUCCUAUGGACCAUUAGUGACUUCCCUGCAUAUGGUAUGUUGUCUAUGGUCUACGGCUGUUAA